UGUGUAUCAUCAGUGCCUGGGAAGGAAGGCCACCAAAAGAAGGGAGCCUGGCAGAAAGGCUUGACGGAGGGAGGGAGGCACCUUGCUGGAUGGGGGCGGGAAGACCGGAAUAAAUCUCUGUUGCCCUGAGGACCAGAGAGAGAAGGCCCUAGCUGGCACUGGGAAGGGAUGCCCCUCACCUGUCCAUACUCUGCUUCUCCUAAAGCGUGUCAAUGCCCCAGCCAUGAGCCAGCCCAGGCCCCGCUACGUGGUAGACAGAGCUGCAUACUCCCUCUCCCUCUUCGAUGAUGAGUUCGAGAAAAAGGACCGCACCUACCCGGUGGGAGAGAAACUUCGCAACACCUUCAGGUGCUCCUCCACCAAGUUCAAAGCCAUUGUGUUUGGGCUAUUGCCUGUGCUCUCCUGGCUCCCCAAGUACAAGGUCAAAGACUACAUCAUCCCUGACUUGCUGGGUGGACUCAGUGGGGGUUGUAUACAGGUGCCACAAGGCAUGGCAUUUGCAUUGCUGGCCAACCUUCCUGCAGUCAAUGGCCUCUAUUCCUCCUUCUUCCCCCUCCUGACCUACUUCUUCCUCGGGGGUAUACACCAGAUGGUGCCAGGUACCUUUGCCGUUAUCAGCAUCCUGGUGGGUAACAUCUGUCUGCAGCUGGCCCCGGAGUCGAAAUUCCAGAUCUUCAACAACGUCACCAAUGAGACCUACAUGGACACAGCAGCCAUGGAGGCAGAGAGGCUGCAUGUGUCAGCGACACUUGCCUGCCUGACUGCUGUCAUCCAGAUGGGCUUGGGCUUCAUGCAGUUUGGCUUUGUCGCCAUUUACCUCUCGGAAUCCUUCAUCCGGGGCUUCAUGACAGCCGCUGGCCUGCAGAUCCUGAUCUCGGUGCUCAAGUACAUCUUUGGUCUGACCAUCCCCUCCUACACAGGCCCAGGCUCCAUCGUUUUUACCUUCAUUGACAUCUGCAAAAACCUCCCCCACACCAACAUCGCCUCGCUCGUCUUCGCCCUGGUCAGCGCUGUCUUCCUGGUGCUGGUGAAGGAACUCAAUGCUCGGUACAUGCACAAGAUCCACUUCCCCAUCCCUACGGAGAUGAUCGUGGUGGUGGUGGCAACAGCCAUCUCUGGGAGCUACAAGAUGCCAAAAAAAUACCACAUGCAGAUCGUGGGAGAGAUCCAACAUGGGUUUCCCUCUCCAGUGGUGCCGGUGGUUUCGCAGUGGAAGGACAUGGUGGGCACAGCCUUCUCCCUGGCAAUUGUGGGCUACGUCAUCAACCUGGCUAUGGGCCGGACCCUUGCCAACAAGCAUGGCUAUGACGUGGAUUCUAAUCAGGAGAUGAUCGCCCUGGGCUGCAGCAACUUCUUCGGCUCCUUUUUCAAGAUCCACGUCAUUUGUUGUGCCCUCUCUGUCACGCUGGCUGUGGACGGGGCUGGAGGAAGGUCUCAGGUGGCAAGCUUAUGUGUGUCUCUGGUGGUGAUGAUCACUAUGCUGGUCCUGGGGUCCUAUCUGUACCCUCUCCCCAAGGCUGUGCUAGGAGCCCUGAUAGCUGUCAACCUCAAGAACUCCCUCAAGCAACUCAGUGACCCCUACUACCUGUGGAGGAAGAGCAAGCUGGACUGUUGUGUCUGGGUGGUCAGCUUCCUCUCCUCGUUCUUCCUGAGUCUGCCCUAUGGCGUAGCGGUGGGUGUCGCCUUCUCCAUCCUGGUUGUGGUCUUCCAGACUCAGUUUCGAAAUGGCUCCACACUAGCCCAGGUCAUGGACACGGACAUCUAUGUGAACCCCAAGACCUACAACAGGGCCCAGGAAAUUGAGGGGGUUAAGAUUGUGACUUACUGCUCCCCGCUCUACUUUGCCAACUCAGAGAUCUUCAGGCAGAAGGUCAUUGCCAAGACAGGUAUGGACCCCCAGAAAAUACUACUCGCCAAGCAGAAAUAUCUCCGGAAGCAGGAGAAGAGGACAGCGAUGCCCACCCAGCAGAGGAAGUCCCUCUUCAUGAAAACCAAGACGGUCUCUCUGCAGGAACUCCAGCAGGACUUUGAAACUGCUCCCUCCACUGACCCCAACAAUAACCAAGCGCCUGCAGGGGAUGCCAACAUAUCCUACAUCACCUUCAGCCCAGACACCUCGGCAGCUGCCCCGUGCGAGCCGCCCACCUCCGCUCAGUCCCCCAGGGAGCCUAGUGACGCGCUAGCCAGCGUCCCGCCCUUUGUCACCUUCCACACCCUCAUCCUCGACAUGAGUGGAGUCAGCUUCGUGGACCUGAUGGGCAUCAAAGCCCUAGCCAAGCUAAGCUCCACCUAUGGGAAGAUCGGAGUCCAGAUCUUCCUGGUGAACAUCCAUGCCCAGGUGUACAAUGACAUCAGCCAUGGAGGAGUAUUUGAAGAUGGGUGUGUCCAGCGCGAUCACGUGUUCCCCAGCAUCCAUGAUGCGGUCCUCUUUGCCCAGGCGAAUACUAGAGAAGCCCCGGCAAGCAGCUUCCAAGGGGCUCCGGGAGACACUGAGCUCUCCUUGUGUGAUUCCGAAGAGGAGGACGGUCCCAGCUAUUGGGACUUAGAGCGGGAGAUGUUCGGGAGCAUGUUUCACACAGAGACCCUGACUGCCCUGUGAGGGCUCCUUUGGUUCCCAUACUGCCUCCUGAGCACCUGGCACCUGGGAUGUCCAUGGACGAUAAGCCCGGGACCACAGGGAGUGACGGAGAGAAGAGUAUCCGUCCACCAAGGCUCUAGAUCCUCUCUCAACUCCUUGUUCUCUCUCUGACUCCCCACCCACACCCCUACCUUCCCUGUCACCCUGGGAGAGAGCCAUCUCAGCCUCUGCAGCCAGAAGAGCCUGUCCAGACAAGGAUUGGCAAGGGUGAGAGCCUGGUGGACCCACCUCAUCACCCUUCCCUUCCCACUCCAGCCUGGGCCAGCAGUAAGCUUAUUCUGCCCAUCUGCUCACGCCCCACCCACGGCAGCCGAUGGACACCUUGACUUCCAGCCUUAGGAGUGAGCCAAGAACGGAAAGAUAAGAGCAACCAUGCUGCUCUGUGGCCUGGGUGGUCUGGCCUCGGAGGGUCUCAGGCUGUCGUGGGACCCAGGGAUGAACUGGGUUAGAAUGUUGACGCUUGUCCCUCCAAUUGCCUUAUAGUUGUCAGCCUUGUGCUUCAAAGACAUGGUACUAUCCACAAUCCAGGAGUCUCUGUCUCUGUGCCCCUUUCUCUCACUGUCCUGAGACUGCUGAGGGUCCCCAUUGCUGUCCAGCUCUUCAGACUCUAGUGUGGGCAGUGGGCAGGCCCCUCGAGACUGUCAGCACUACCUCUCCAGAGACAACCCACCGGGGAGCUGACUGGGCCUCUUGAAUCGUCCCUGCCUGGAAGCUGCCCCAUUCUGGGGGACGGGGGCCAGCAGAAUCCUCCGGUAAUACCGCAGCAGCUCUUAUGCACAAAACCUUUCGAGAACCCCUCUUUGUACGAGAGACAUGGAACAGGGAGUCGGUUGUUAAUGCAAACUCAGGGCAAACCGGUGGGCCCUAGGCCUGACAGUCCACCUGACCUCAGAGCCCACGGCGCUUCCCCUUGGGAAAUCUGCCAUGUCCAUUUCCGCUUGGAAAAAGCCAGCGAUUUGAACUCUCUCUUAUCAGCCUGUAGCCCGGAGCUGUGGCGGGAGGUCCUGACAGGUGGAGGAGGAAGUUCUGAGGUGCUAGCUUCAGCAUCCACCUGGGUACAGAUGUGAAGGACUGUUCCAGACUGCAUCUCCCUCUACAGGGAACUCCUAACACUCUCAGGACCUCUUUCCCCCAGGAAAGAUGAAAAUGGGAAUUAAAUUCUCAGGAAGACAGGGAAGUAACUAGAGACAUCCCACUGUUGACUUGAAAAUAAAUAGGUUCUCUGUCUCUGUCUGUCUGUCUGUCUGUCUCUGUCUCUCUGUCUGUCUGUCUGUCUGUCUCUCUCUCUCUCUCUCUCUCUCUCACACACACACACACACACACACACACACACACACACACACCACACGCCCCUUGUAAAACUGCCAUACAAGUACACAGAAAAUCUGGCCUCUCCCCAUUGUUCUCCAAGUUCCUUCAGUCCUGACCCCUGUGCCAACAGGCUGGGCCGGCCCAACCUGGGAGAGCAUCCCACUUCCCACCUUGAGCCUGACCUUUGUUUUGUGUCCAUGUGUGAAGUGAGCUGCUGAGGCUCCUCCGCAGAGUUAAGGCACAGGGCUCUGACACACGGCCAGCACAUUCUUGGCCACAGCUGCUGCGUCUCAGUGAAUUCAUUAUGCCAUCUGGCUGCCAAUGGAGCCCAAAACUUGGAAGGCUGAAAGACAAUGUUAUCUGGGAUUCACUGUGCCCAGCACUCACAGUGCCAAAUUCCAGGAGGAAGAGAACCCCAGCCAAUGACAAUUUACCCUCCCCUACUCCACCUCCUCCAAAGUCCAAGAAGCAGAAGAAGGUCACAGAGCCGGAGGACAUUAUAAGGCCCUUUUAAAGCAAGUGUCUAGAUCCCAUUAACCUGCAGGUCAGGCCUGGAACUGGAAGGCAUUGCUGACUCACCGGUGGCCUGGGCUUUGGGCUUGUUUUGGGGGAAGAGGGCAAGGAUCGGCAACACGUUGAGGCUGUAUACACUCACAGAACACACGGGGAAGGUGUUAUUAGAAACACGGGGGGCAGGGGUACAAAAAUAGGUGCCGAAGAAAACUCCACAGUUGCAACUCUUGGGGCAGAAUGUAAACAUCACACAGACUGCCGCUCUGGACAUGACCGAGGCAGGAUGGGAGGGCGCAAGGGAACAGAAUAAUCCAGAUUUUCAAUUGCUGUGGAUGUUCUUACAGACACUGACCUGUGACAUAGGAUUCCCUGGAAGGGCUGCAAACCUUACCUCUUGAGAUGUUUGUAUAAUUUAUUUAAAUGCCAAUCUCCUUUGUUUGUUUUGGUAAUAAAGUGGUCUUGAAAUGUG